AUGACAGAGAACAGCAAAGCACAAGAAGCACUGCAGGACGCAGAACAGUUCGCAGCAGCCCCGCCACCAGCAUACGAAGAGACAGCGACGAUGGUGACGGAGACAGACGGCUUUCAAGUCAUCGAAAGACUAGACACCGUGCCAGAAGACGAGAAAAUUCCAGUAGAGGACCUAAACACCGCGGUGAUGGACACCAGCACGAUACCGAGCAGGACCCCUUCGAUGUUGAAGGAGAAAGGCCCUGCGUACCCUCCACGACCCAGUCCAGCUCCACCCUCGACAGAUGAAGCACCAGUGAACGAUGAAAAGGACAUCAUCGCGCCUGUCUUCGAGAGCAAGGAUGCGACACCUGUUGUACCAACAGCAGAAGAGGAAAAGAAAGCGCUACAAGUCCACUUUGCAGACGAAGAACCACCUCCUACUCUACCACGACGACCCACGACGACACGCUUUUCGGAAAACUUCUCUCACGACCACGUAUCCCCGGACGUCCAUCGACCGAUACCUUCACCUGCCCUCGAAGCACCUGGAGGAGCACCUGUGACAUACACAUUCACCUGGCAUCGUCCCAGGGAUGACUUUCCCACACUCCAGAUCACCCCAUUGAAUGGUGCUGUGAUCCCCUCCAGCUUCCCAGAUAUCCCUCCUACUGCAAGCUGGCGACUCAACUACGACACCAAGUACCACGCCUGCCUCCACCGGUACACCGCUUCUCCCAGCGAACCCGACAGACACACCAGUCAAGCAGGCGACUUCCCCUUUCGCCGAAUCGCAGAGUUCCAACUCCCCGACAUCAUCAUCCCCGGCGCAGGCUGCGGCGCCGUAGUAAAAUUCGACCCUCACGAGGAAGAAAUCGCGCGACUCGGAAACAUCGCAAGCAAAACCCCUCACCCUCGCGUCCAAAAAUUCAUGCAAUGUGCCGGCUGGUUCAGCACACGCUACAGCAUGGAAAUCCCCGUCCUCGACCAUCUCCAAACCACAUGGAAACCUCUUCCCCGACCCAGCACGACCCGCAUCAUCGGCGGAGCCAUUAACGAAAACACUCAACAAGAACUCGCCAUUGUCGAACGCAAAACUACAGACAUUUCUCGCGAAGCCAAAAAACGCAACGUCACCCUCGUCACCCUCGGCGACCUCAUCGAUCAAGCCCGCCGCACCCUCGACGAUGAAACUUGGACCCCUUAUGCCCCGCAACAACUCCUCGUGGACUUUGACGGCCGCCCCAUCGCUACUUAUCAACGCGCUUCGCCUUGGGCGAAAUUCGCUGGCACAUUGACUAUUCAUCCCCAGCAACAGCAGAAUUUCGAACCUUCUUCUUCUUCAUCAUCAUCUUUCACGCCCGAAUUCUUAGAAGGCAUCAUCAUCUCCACCAGCGCCAUGGUCGCCAUGCAAGACCGCAUCGGGCUCUCAUCAGGUUUAAUCGACGUGGCGAAUUCGGGUUUGAACGCCGCGGAUAAGGGCGCCAUGUGGUCUGCUGAGCAAUGGAGAAGAGCGCAGAGGGAGUGGAAAGCUAGGAGGGCGGGGGCGGGGAAGAACACUACUACUGGGACAGCAGAAGAGGGGAGUACGAGGGAAAAAGAAGGAGGAGGAGGAGGAGGAGGAGGGACGUAUCCAUAUGGCGGACAGCAGAGAGGUGGGAUGAGAGGUGGAAUGGAAGAGGAUGAAGAAGGGAUGGUGGGGAGUGAAGUGUUUGAUGAUGAGAAUGGUUUAGCGGGGGUGUUGAGUCCGGAAGAGAGGGAGAAGGCGAGAAGAGAGCAGAUGGCGUGGGAUGAGAAGAAGAAGAAGAAGAAGAGUCAGGAGGUAGAGAGGAGGGUAUCCUCUGCUGCUGCUGCUGCUGCUGUGCCAGUUCGGUCGACAAUGGGGACGAGAGAUGAUGAUGAUGAAGGGAGAAGAAGGCAGACGAUGGUGAGGUGGGAAGAGAAGCCCAAGGUUGUGUAUGCUUAG